AUGUCACCAGCACCAACGAUGAAUAGCAGUGUCCUGGGAAUGAUGACGACUUCGACGAAUUUACAACAUUCACUUCGACAGAUGGUGCGUAACCAAAUCACAGAAUACUCAAGGCUGACACAGACGUUAUUCACGUCGUUAGAGCUCAUGACAGAUGGCAAGACGCCACCAGCGUCACCUGGAGACAUUGUGCAACAAAUUCUUCAGCUUGAUAGUACACUCAUGGGCGCGGUUGAGAAGAUUGAGUUACAUCAACAACAACAGCGUAAGAUUAGACAAGUGCGGCUGGAGAUUGAGGAACAAAACAAGACUAUUAUGGCAGUGAUCCAGAGCUUACGCGAUGCUAAGGAGGUUCUGGAAGCUAGUAUGGAGGAUCUGGAUGAGAAGCGGGCUGUCGCUGCAGCUGCGCGAUCAUCGGAAGUAUCAGUGGGCGAAAUUGUCGCGUAUGCUAACCGUCUUAGCAACUAUACAUCAGCACCACCCAACUUUAAUCCAUCAGAUCCCAACCAUCCGUUCGAGCCACCUUACCCUCGGGAAGUCAGUAUGCGUGCAGGUAUUCUUAAUCAACAGCGGACCCCGGCUGCAGCAUUAGUGUCAUUAGAUGGCAAUGUGAUGCCCGGAAGUGUAGGUCAUGGUCAAUCACAACAGGGUACAGGUGCCGCUAUGGUAGGAACUGGAGCAACGCCAGGAUCAAGGCUGGUGGAUGGCAUGAGAGGCGACAAUGUGAGCGCUCUGUCUGGAAUUGGUGUUAGCUCUGUUGAUACUGGUGAUAGAGGCUUAGUUAUGAAUAGCAAUGUCAAUGUUGUUAAUGGAAGUCAUUUGCAGCCUCAUGGUAUGGGUGGGGUGGGUGAGGAUGAGGAUGAUGGUUUGAUAUCUAGUUCUGACGAAGAGGAAUUUUCAUUAUAUGGACGCGUCAGGGAAGAAGAAGAACGGAGACAACUGGAGCAACAGCAGCAGCAACAACAACAACAGCAGCAACAACAAGGGCAAGAGCAACCACAAACGGAACAAGACGAUGAAGAUGCAGCAGGAAUCUUUGAUCUCGAUCUUAAUUAA